AGAUGAUAGACCUAAACUAAGCAAGGCAAUGGAUGCUAAACCAGAGUCAUUAGCUUUACGAAAUGCUGAAUUUUAUAAGAAAUAUGAUAUUGAAAUACGACAGGGUCAUGAGGUUGUUUCCGUGGAUACUAAAGCUAAGUUAGUUAGAAUGUACGAUGGGAAGAAAAUAUCCUACGAUUCUUUAUUUAUAGCCACGGGAGGAAAACCGAGAGUUUUACCUAUUCCUGGAUCUGGUCUGAAGAAUGUUUGUAGUUUACGAACCCCGGCUGAUGCUAAUUUUAUAGCUGAACAAGCAAAAGGCAAAGAUGUAGUGGUAGUUGGUUCGUCUUUUAUAGGUCUGGAAGUUACAGCAUUCCUCCACGAUAAAUGUAAAUCGGUGACAGUCAUAGGUACAGGUUCAGCGCCGUUACAACGGGUUUUUGGUGAAAAAUUAGGCAGAGUUUUUCAAAAGAUGCACGAAGAAAAAGGUGUAAAGUUUUAUUUUGAGAAAGGUGUAAAAGCAUUACGUGGUAAAGAAGAUGACAUUUUAACAGAGGUUAUUCUCUCAGAUGGAACGGUUCUAUCUGCUGAUAUCUGUAUUCUGGGCGUUGGAGUGGUACCAGCAACUGAUUUUUUGAAAAAGUCUGGUAUAGAAUUAACGAAGAGAGGAUUUGUUUCUGUCAAUGAGAGGUUACAGACCAAUAUACCAGAUGUUUAUGCUGGAGGGGAUAUCGUAGAAUUCCCUCUUUUUACAGUUCCGGGUUCAAAGGUCAAUAUUCAACAUUGGCAGAUGGCUCACCAGCAUGGUAAAAUAGCUGGUUAUAACAUGAAUGGUAUUAGCCGUGAAAUUAAAAGUGUGCCGUAUUUUUGGACGGUGAUGUAUGGUAAAAGCGUUAGAUAUACAGGGUAUGGACCAGGUUAUGAUGAUGUGAUUGUUCAUGGUGAUUUAGAUGUUCCUAAAUUUGCUGCAUUUUAUACCAAGGGAGACAAUGUGGUUGCUGUAGCUAGUUUAGCUUUUGAUCCAAUCGUAUCGCAAGCUGCCAAUCUCAUGUUACAAGGGGAAGUAAUCCAAAAGUCAGAAAUCAUAUCUGAUCCAAAAACCUGGGUUGGCCGACUGAAACCAUAAAAGACAACAGCAGUUUAUCUCAGUAGUCAAUAUCAAAAUAUUUUAUAUCAUUUUUUAAAAAUUUAUUUGGAUUUCUGGAUUUUAAUAUUAUGAAGUUUUAAACAAUUACUGAAUUCAAAUUAUUAAUACUGAUUAUUCUUUCGAAAGAAUGACCGAAUGGUUAGCAUGUGCGUGCUGUAUCAUAAGGUCUGUCAUUUAGUCAACUGGCGUGGUUUCGAUUCCCCGGUUGUACGUGACAAGGAGUAAAGUCACCUGUCCAACCUCACAAGUUUUCUCCUGGUCCACAGAUAAAUAUAACAACAGAACGCAAAUUUCAAACACAUAAUUCUCAAUACUUCAAUAUAUCAGAUUCGUCGGUUUGCCAGAAUACUACGAUUUAAGUUGUUAUUGAAUGCAAGACAUAUAUCGGCCAAAAUAUAUAGCUAUAACAAACAUAUAUUACUGCAUUCUUGGUAUCUGCUGUGGUAUCGUUCCAUUCUACUCCACUAACAGCUGGGUCCAUUCAUGGGGGACACACCUAGUUAAAUUAUCCGCCCUUGAUACUUCUGCUAUUUUUAUCGACCAAUCAAGUGGCAGAAGUGAAGUAACUUGCAUUUUAUUGCAACUAAGAUUGUGGUGAACGUAAACAAUGCUGCUAAGACUGGUCUGUAAACUGGUUUUUGAUUGGUUCGUAGAAUCGAGCUACGAUCAAGGGUAGAUAAUUUGAAUUUGUAAAAAACCCUGUGGAUGGACCCAGAGGUUAGUGGAGUAAAACUGAACAAUACCACUGGGGAUAUCAAGAAUAGAUAUAGCUGCAACAAACAUAUAUUACUGGUACAAACAAAUGGGUGAAUAUCAGCUGUGGUAGAAAAACCAGGACAUGGUUUAAUGAUGUCACAAUUUAUAUUAAAACUAGUUAAUGAAUUUAUUAUGUCAAUUAGUCAUUUAGGAUGUUUAGUCAAUUAUUAUCGAUUUAUAUCAAAAUAUUUUCUUUGAAUGAGAGCCAGAUACUCUACUCAGUUAUUUUUUACAUUUAUAUAUCAUGGUAUAUCUAUAUUUUAUAUAUCAUGGUAUAUCUAUAUUUUAUAUAUCAUGGUAUAUCUAUAUUUUAUAUAUCAUGGUAAAUCUAUAUUUUAUAUAUCAUGGUAUAUCUAUAUUUUAUAUAUCAUGGUAUAUCUAUAUUUUAUAUAUCAUGGUAUAUCUAUAUUUUAUAUAUCAUGGUAUAUCUAUAUUUUAUAUAUCAUGGUAUAUCUAUAUUUUAUAUAUCAUGGUAUAUCUAUAUUUUAUAUAUCAUGGUAUAUCUAUAUUUUGUUUUGUUGAAUUUGAUUUACAUUUAUUUAUUAAAGUUACACAAAAUGAUUAAUGAUAUAUAAUUCUAUUAAUGGUAUAAUAAUUAAAAUCAAUGUCCUUUUUGUGCCAUGUGACCAAUAUAUAAAGACUAUAUACACGUUAAUGUUAUUAGUUAUUUGGGUGUGAUUAUAAUAGGGUAUUAAUCUCUAUUAUGUAACUGUAAUUAUGUGAUCAUAUUUAAUGAUGUAACUUAUUUGAUUGUAUAAUCAAGUUGUGAUUUUAAUAAGAGCAAUGAUCUCAAUAACAAAACUGUUAUUUGAUAUUGUGAUUAUGUUGUCAUAUUUAAUAAAUAAAAAUAUACAAAUCAA